UUGUAUGUCAGAGAUUUAAUGUCCUCAACGAUAAAAGAUAUCCACAACACAGAAAAUUAAACAAAAUAAACCAAUCUACAUAUAAGUCGGAAAAAGGCGACGGUGGAGCUGACCGAAGUAUUUCCAGACGAAAGUAGCUGAACACCAUGAUGUCAGAGAACCAUCAGGAGCAUUCCAAAUCCAAAUCCGAGUCAGGUCCCCCAGACAAGGAAAAUGGCGACUUAGAAAACAAGAAUGAGACGUCUACUACUUUGAAUAGCGAGUUUACAAGUUCGAUAUCGGGAUCUGUAAGUGAGUCUGGAUUCAGUCGUGAUGCCAGUAGUUCAGCUCUGUUCAUGUUUGACACGCCCCCAACCACACCUAUUUUGAAAACCCCCUACACUCAACAACCAGAGAACAACCCGGUCAGCAAAGAAUCUAUAAUUAACAGUAUCUCUGUGCAUGUGAGCGCCCUGUACGCCAUGUUGAUUGUGAUUCUGGGUGCCGUGAUUCAAAUAUCGAACCCAUUCACGAUGGACAGAAUGCCGUGGCUCGGCCAAGGUUUCUACAUUUACCUGUUUCUUGGCAGUGUUGUUUUCUUGCUCUUUUUGUACGUGUUUAUACUGAGGACUAACAGUUGCAGUCUGAUUUGCAAGAAAGGAGGGCAAUACACCACAACUGAUGGCAACUCUCGUAACAGACUAAACCGGAACCUCUCGUUUGACCAUUCCACUGUGCACGCCGGAAGUUUUUAUCUUAGACUCGGAGCUGUGGCUUUUGGCAUUGGCAGUAUGAUAAUGAGUGGCCUCUCGUUUGGAGAAUAUUUUGAAUCUAACAUAGAUCACCGCGGGAAAUUCAUCUACGGCGCCCGUCCGGUGAUCCAGUUCGUGUUCACCUUCUGUCAGCUCUAUUUUGUAUUUCUUCAUUCUAAGAUCUGUGUUAAGAGCUUCAAGAUCAUAUCCCGGUUUGGCUUCAUGCACAUGAUAGCCACCAACCUGUGUGUGUGGCUGGGAAACAUCGUGGACGAGACCCUGCACGAGAUCCACGAGAGUGAAGCGCACAGUGAAUCCCACAGUGAAUCCCCUGGUGGAUCCCACAUUGGAUCCCACAGCACGUCAGGGCCGAUACUCCACCUGACAUUGAGAGAGGUGAAGAAUGGCUCACACGUCGUUACGUCGGCCAACAAGUCCACACUUUCCCAGUCUGCAACACUUCAGCAGCAGUAUUACAGACGUGAUGGUCUUAUGGGGUCUGUGGUAGUGGAGUCGAGUCCGUAUUUGUAUCCGUGCAGCAUCGAAUACAGUCUGAUAUGUGCAGCCGUGUUGUACGUCAUGUGGACUAAUAUCGGCAGAAAAGGAGUGAACAAUGAUCGGGAGGAAAUGGCACAGACCAUAGCCAAAUCUCAGAGACUAAGCCUCGACUGCACGAACUCCAACAAAGGUUUCUUCCUGGGCAUCCUCUUCCUGGUUGCGACCGUGAUCAACGUGAUCACUUUCUUCAUUCUCGUCGAUGCCGAGGACGGAAGCCAGGCCGCCAUGAUGCUGGAGUACCUGUUCGAGAUGAUGCUGUACAUAGUCACGUCUGUCGCUGUCAUUCUCGCCUUCUACCAGAUGCGCGACUUGAAGUUCAUCCCCGGGGUGAAGAUGGAUCUGGAACAGAACUUGAUCAUUCUCGCCCUGGCUGGGAUUUACAUAUUCUCAUUGUUCAGCAUAAUCGCAGGAUCGUUCCUCCCAGGUCAGACACAGAGCAUGCUCAUCAUCUUAUCCAGCGUAAUGCGCAUGUUUCAGGCCACCAUUCAGACGGUUUUUAUGUUGCAUUCCAUACGGCGAUGUGCGCAAUUCAAACAGCAAGAGAAGACGAAGCCAGGAAGAGAGACUGUGACGUUUCUUCUGAUGGUUAAUAUCGGCAUGUGGAUCAUCAACUCAUUUGAGGUACAGCAAUCGGAGGCAAAUCCUGUUCAGAUAGAUUUUUAUGGAAUUCUGCCUUGGAACAUCUUUGCUCACAUUUCAAGCCCUCUUGCUAUUUUCUAUCGUUUCCAUUCGACAGUGUGCCUUUCAAACGUAUGGAAGCAUGCUUGGAAACGAAAGCAUGGACAUGGUCAUGAUUGAUAAAGUAUUUUUAUUUUUAUUUAUUCAAGUCAGUUGCAGUCGAGGAGUUUAAAACCAAAAACUGAUCACCGGUUUCUAGAAUGAGGAUAUUCAAGAUAUAUAUUUGCUUAAGGUUCGCAUCCAGACGUUGUGUUAUCGAGCCGUUUGACCUACGUCAUACUAUUGUGCGGCUAAAAACGCUGUAGCUUUAGAAUUACGCGUGCGUUGAACUUUUAUGUAUGAAAUGUCCAUUUAUUUUUAGAGACUUCGAUGAAAAUGUUCUUCGGUUACUUUUCGAUUGAGAACUUAUUGACCGCUUUCAGGACAUUGGAUCGGACUAUUUCAGUAUUUUAAAACAAAAGCAUCAUAUAUUAAAAAAAGCAUACAGUAUAGUGUCUAUGAUGUGUCCAUACUAUCAAAGAGUAGCGAGUUAAUAUUAACCAGACUACAAUUAAGGUUGUUUUAUAAUGAUCAAUCUUCAGUCAUCUAUUAAGUUAAUAAAAUUGUCAUGAGCAAAACAUCUCCAUGAACAACGUUGCUAUGCUUUACAUCGCCUGAAAUUAUUUAAAUAUGUAUGUAAUUGUGAUACAGAUUAUUUAUAUUCAAACAACAAAAACAAGCAAAACAAACAAUAACAAACAUCAUUAGGAAUACUAACAAUGUUUUCUGGAGAGAGGUGAUUUUUAUUUUAUUUUUUACUUUUUAUUUUGUAAUCAACUAAAACCAAAAGUCCAGUGUAGGACGAUAUAAAAAUAAUUAGAGAUAUUAGAGUGUUAUUACCGAUCAUAUAGAUAGAUAGAUAGACAAUACAACAUUUAUUUUAUAUAAACCAACCAAACAAACAAAAAAAAUCAAUAAUAAAAACAAACAAAACAAACAUCUAGCCAUUUAAUGAUUCUGUUUUGGCGCCUGCUAUUAUCCGCUGCUCUCCAAAUGACAGUUUAUCCCGAUUAAACAGUCAAUUCGA